AAGAGAAACAGGCAGAGAGAAAGAGAGACUGAGGGGAAAACAGCAAAUGAGGGUCACUGGGGUUUUCCACUGUGUAGGAUUAGAAAAGGCAUGAGAAGUAGGUAUGGCUGAGUGAGGAGGGGAAACAGUCACAGCAGAUAUUACACAGACAGCACAGAGAGAGAGGCUGGAGACAGAAGAACACCAGCGUGAACAUCAGACGGGACAGGAGCUUUAAUGUUCAGGGAUGCCCAGCACGUCAAAGGACUGCAACGAUGGGGAUAGAUACCUCAGUGAAAAGGGGAUAUGCUGUGAUCGGUGUGAAGCAGGAACAUACAUGGAAGCAGAGUGUGAUGGCACCAAAAAGACACAGUGUGCUGAAUGCAGACGUGGGCUUUACAUGGACACAAAAAAUCACCUGAAAGUCUGUCACGUAUGCAAGGACUGCAAUUCCAGUAACAACCAGAUAAAGAUAAAGGAGUGUACGGCUCAGGAGGACACAGUAUGUGGGUGUGUGUCUGGUUUCUACUGCACUGAUGCUGACUGCAGUCACUGUCGGCCUGUGAGACGCUGUCCUCAAGGAGAAGGGGCCAAAGUUCAAGCCUCUCGUACAAGUGACACAAUCUGCGUUCCGUGUGAAGAUGGGACCUACAGCAACAUUUCAGAUUUCCACUCACCGUGUAAAGCACACACCAGAUGUGAGGACAUUGGGAGGAUUCUGGAAAUUCCAGGAACUGCAAAAACGGAUGCCAUCUGUGGCAACUUCAAAACUCAGUGUCACUGGAUGUUACCUGCAGGCCUAUGGGCAGGACUCGUACUGACCGCAGUCAUUCUCUUUGGCCUCAUCAUCUGCUGGAGGAUAAGGCGCAAAUCAUGCAGAUCAGUCAGUCCAAGACGUUCUGUGACUCUGGUAGAGAUGGUCCCAGUGAUGCCUGAAAGCCCCCUGAAGCUGCCUUUACCGUCCACGCAGGUCAACGGUCACUGUCCAGACAACUGUCCAGUGGAGACCUGCCAGUUACCGCUGUUCAAACCAGAUGAUGCUCUGAUCAGUUACUGCACACAGGACAGCGUGGAGAGCAGCCAACCCAUAACUCCAUUCAAGGCCUCCGUUUCUUUCACUGAAUCCAUCCAUAGGAAUGGAGACUCUGGACACUCCAACUUCCUCAGGACCUACUCUGAGCCACAAGAGGACGAGUGGUGUGGGACAUAACACCACACCAUCCUUUUUUUUUUUUUUGGUUCUACCGGUAAAAGGAUGGAGCUCAGUAGUGAUGUUUUUCAGCCUUUUCAACUUUUUUUUCAAGCCUCAGACUGGAUCUAUUCAUACUAAAAUGUGCUUUUCAGACGUAAGUGCAGGUGGCUGACUGUUUGCUGCCCCCUGCUGGACAUUAAGGAAAAACUUCAGCUUGGACAUUGUGAGAUUUCUCAUCACCAGCUACAAGUCACAUAUUUAUUGUUAGUCUUAAAACACUGGUGAAGCGCUUCUCUUCCCAAUGAUUUAAAUUAGACAAGAGCUUCACAAGUAACUGCAGCCUGUUUAUAGUGUUGGACUAUAGCUCAGUGUGUCUGUAACUGUAAAAUACAUAUUUACAUUUCCACUAACAGGAACUAUAACUAUUUUAAAUUAUAUCAUUCUAGCACCAGUCAAUAUUAGUGCUACUGACUUCCUAUGUUCAUGAUAUGAAACGUUUUCACUCAGUCUGCUGGAAGAGUAACUUGCACAUGGUGUGUUGUAUUAAAAAUGCAGCAGAGAAGCAUGACAGAGACAGAUGUCAGAUUUGUUUAUGACAUUGUGAGGACAGAUAGUGCAAUAUAAGGAAGCAUGUUGGGAAUGUUUACACAAGUCUGCUCUGCUGCUCACUUCUCACAGUUCAUCACUGUCAAUACCGCCACAAGAACAUGUACAUGAUAGAUAUUCGAUCUUACACUGUUUCAGGUUAUAGUUGAUUAAUAU